AUGUGGCAUCAUCCAGGCAGUGCCAUUGGUACAGCUGGUCAUCGACAAAGGCUCUCAAAAAGAACUAGAAGACAACUUGAAACUGAGUUUGCAAUCGAACAAGAACAUGAAUUAGAAAGACAAAGAGCAGAAGCAGUUUACCUAGUUCAAAAAGCUAGACAUGAACAACAAGAAAGAGAGAUCUUAGAACAUAAUCAAAUUGAACAAGAACGAUAUCGUGAAGAAUCAAUCAGAUGGGAAAAUGAUAGAACAAGAGUUGAAGUAGAAAGAAAGAGAUUAGAAAAUGAACAAUUAAGACAAGAAGUAACGUGA